AUGGCACAUGGAAUUUCAGAUGAAGAUCCAACAAAGAAAGAACAUGUCGAUUCUCCUGAUGUACUUGAUAAAAAACUUGAUCAAUUAGCAGAUUGGAUUCGAAGUGCCAAACAUUUUAUUGCUUUUACAGGCAAUAUUCCUGAUUUUCGAUCAGGAAUGAAUACUAUUCUACCAACUGGACCAGGCGUAUGGGAACUUCGUGAUCAUCCUGGUGUACAACGUUCACCAAAUGCUCGUACUACGACAUCAACAAAAGCUGUUCCAUCUAUUACUCAUAUGGCAAUUGUUGAAUUAGCUCGUCGAAAUCUUCUUCAUUUUGUUAUAUCACAAAAUACUGAUGGUUUACAUUUACGAUCUGGUCUGCCAUCAAUUAUGUUAGCUGAACUUCAUGGAAAUUCAAAUUUAGAAAUAUGUCAAAAAUGUCAUACGAAAUAUUUACGUGAUUUUCGUACACGUACAGCUGCUCAAGUACAUGAUCAUGCUACGAAUCGAAAAUGUACGAAAUGUAAUUCAAUACUUUAUGAUUCAAUUAUUAAUUUUGGCGAAAGUCUACCUAAAUAUGAAUUAGAAACAAGUUUUGAUCAUGCAAAACGCGCAGAUGUCUGUCUUGUAUUAGGCUCAUCAUUACGCGUCACUCCAGCAGCGAAUAUUCCAAUGAUUGUAGGUCAACAAGGUGGAAAAUUAGCUAUUGGUAAUUUACAAUCAACUCCAUUGGCCUCGUUAGCUAAACUAAAUAUUCAUACUAUGUGUGAUGAUCUUAUGAAAAAGUUGAUGGCAAAAUUAGAUAUACCAAUACCGGAAUGGGAACUACAUCGACGUAUACAUGUUAUGAUUAAACAACAAAAUAUAUUAAUAAAAGGGUUAGAUCUUAAUCAAGAUAUAGUUUAUUCACUUUUUUCAGCAAUAAGAAUAUUAGUUAAACAAGAUAUGCAAUUAAAAUAUGAUUCAAAUGUGAUUAAAGGUGAAGAACCUAUUGAACAUAAAAUUAAAUUAAAUGAAUCAAAUGAAAAUAUGGAUUUAUUUAUUGAAAUAAAUUGGCAAGGACAUUAUAAUGAACCAAUGUAUACAAUUAAAGUACCUUUUGUUGAUCUAACGAAAGAAAUACAUUUAUUUUAUAAUCCAAAAACUGGCAAUUGGAGAGAGGAGUAA